AUGGAUGAGAGUGAAGAGAGCGAAGAGGAGAUUCAAAUGAGUGAUGAUGAGUAUAACAUGAAUGAGUUCCAACAUGAGGUGCAGGAGAGUCUCAGCACAGCACUGCGGGAGGGUGCAGCCGCGGAAAAUGUAGUACUGGAGAUUAAUGCUUCACGCCAUGCUUACAACGUUAGCAUGGAGGAUGUGCUGACCUCUGUGGUGCAGGGGAUACUGAAGGCAGGGCAGGAGAGAAGCACAGCCAGCAAGGGAGCAGAGGGGCUGUGGCCGGCUGUGAAGUCCUCCAUUACAGCCUUCCAAGGAGUGCUGCGAAAUUACGUGAAAAAGAACAGAGACCAAAUCCUUUUGUUAAAUGCUGUGGAGACCCUGGUGCGGUCCUGCCCCCCCUUCCUGCCGCUGGCCAAGGGUGUGCUGUUUGAGCUGAACCAGACACAUGAAAUUCUGGACGAUGAGGUGAUUGUGGCCUGGUACCGAGGGGGGGCUGCCGGGGCCACCUCCCCCCUCCCUGCUCUGAGGACUGCUGUGAGUUGA